AUGGAAACAGAAGAGGCCAGAGAACCUCAGUCAGCUUUAAACUCUCUGAAACAUGAUUUAACAUGUAACAAAACAUUCAGCUGCUCUGAGUGUGGGAAAAGAUUUGGCUUCAAGUCACAUCUGAAGAACCACAUGAGAUCUCACACAGGAGAAAAGCCUUUCAGCUGCUCUGAGUGUGGUAGAGCUUUCACUGAAAGGGGACACCUGAAGACACACAUGAGAAUCCACACAGGAGAGAAACCUUUUAGCUGUUCAGUUUGUAAUAAAUAUUUUACCCUGAAUGAAAAUUUACAGAAACACAUGAGAAUCCACACAGGAGAGAAACCUUUUAGCUGCUCAGUUUGUAAUAAAUAUUUUACACUGAAUGAAAAUUUACAGAAACACAUGAGAAUCCACACAGGAGAAAAACUUUUCAGCUGCUCAGUCUGUAAGAAAUAUUUUACACAGAGAGGACAUUUACAACAACACAUGAGAAUCCACACAGGAGAGAAGCCUUUUAGCUGCUCUGAGUGUGGUAAAGCUUUCACUGAUCGUGGAACCCUGAAGAACCACAUGAGAACUCACACAGGAGAGAAACCUUUUAGCUGCUCAGUCUGUAAGAAAUCCUUUACACAGAGAGGAAAUUUACAAAAACACAUGAGGAUCCACACCGGAGACAAAAGAUUCAGCUGCAGGCUGAAAGCUUAG